UGUGUAUCUGUUUUAGAUCAUCACUAUGAAGGCUCUCCGCUACGAGAAGCCGGAGGACUGGUCCAUUGUCGAGGUCCCUCUGCCUGAGCUGCGGGAGAAUGAUGUCCUUGUCAAGGUCCGGGCUUGCGGUGUGUGUGGAACUGAUCUCCACAUCCACGAGGGCGAAUUCAUUGCCAAGUUUCCUUUGAUUCCCGGUCACGAGACUGUCGGUGUCGUCGCCGCGGUUGGCCCCAAAGUCAAGGGUUUCGAGAUUGGCGAUCGCGUUGCGGCCGACAAUAGCGAACUCUGCCAGGAGUGCUUCUACUGCCGUCGUGGGGAGACGCUUCUCUGCGAGCACUUCGAGGCUCACGGCGUCACCAUGGAUGGUGGUUUCGCCGAGUACUGCUCCUACCCCGCCGGCAAGGUGUUCAAGAUCCAUAACCUGACCGAUGUCGACGCCACCCUUCUCGAGCCUGCGUCGUGUGCCUGCCACGGCCUCGACAAGAUCCGACCCCGCCUGGGCUCUAGUGUUCUCAUGUUGGGUGCCGGUCCCACUGGUCUCAUGCUCGCCCAACUCAUGCGCCACAACGGUGGCUGCAGCGUCACCAUUGCCGCCCCGGCCGGCCUCAAGAUGGACCUCGCCAGGAGUAUUGACGCCGCCGACCAUUACGUUGAGCUCUCCCGCUCCGAACCUGAGGUUCAGUUCACCCAGCUCAAGCAGGACAACCCCUACGGCUUCGAUGUCGUCGUCGAGGCUACCGGCUCCACCAAGAUUCUCGAGGAUGCAAUCCACUACGUCCGACGCGGCGGCAAGCUUGUCGUAUACGGCGUUUACCCCAGUGCUGCCCGCGUCUCGUGGCCUCCUUCCAAAAUUUUCGGCGACGAGAUUACCAUCCUUGGCUCAUUCUCCGAGACUUACAUGUUCCCUGCCACCAUCGACUACCUCGAUAGUGGCAAGGUCAAGACCAAGGGUGUGGUUAACAAGGUCUUCAAACUCGAGCAAUUUGGCGAGGCUCUCGAGAGCAUCAAGAACAAGAGCGCCAUCAAGGCAGCCAUCGUCUUCGACGGCGCCACCGGCGUGUAAACGAACCAGGCUGGUUUUGUUUUGCGACGAGAUGUCUGGUCCAUGGAUAUCGUUUUGCAUGCCAGUCAUCGUAUGUCAAAAAAAAAAUAAGAAUUAGGGUAGGCUCGCAUACUUGGGUGUAAUAAUCGGGAGUAGAGGUUCAAAGCCCUAUCCGGGAUAUAGGAUGUGGGAUGUGACAUGGAUGUCAU